CGCCGGAGACGAGACGCGCCGCGGCGUGGCCAUGAAGAGCGAGCGCCCCGGGCGCCACAAUUUGGCCGAGCCCGCCAGAGCGGCGUCACAAGAUGUCAAAGGUCUCGGCUGACAACCCAGGCUUCUUCAGCAGGAUGGGCUGGGACAUUAAUGACGUCAGCCUUCCUCAGGAAGUGAAGCACGUCGACAAGUUCCAGGAGUGGACGGACUCGUACGUCAAACACGUCUACAGCUGCCACGACAAGAACGCCCAGCGCCACCUAAGCGGCUGGGCGAUGAGGAACACCAACAACCACAACUCCCGCAUCCUCAAGAAGUCCUGCCUGGGCGUCGUGCUCUGUAGUAACGACUGCACGAUGCCCGACGGAAGAAAGAUCUACCUGAGACCCGCCAUCUGCGACAAGGCCCGGCAGAAGCAGCAAAACAAGGGCUGUCCCAACUGUCACGGUCUGCUCACGCUGGUCAGCUGUCGAGGACACGGCGGAUACCCCGUCACCAACUUCUGGAGACACGAGGGCUUGUAUAUUUUUUUUCAGUCCAAAGGCGUCCACGACCACCCCAGGCCCGAGUCCAAGCUGGAAGCCGAGGCGAGGAAGUCGGUCAACAGGAAACGCUCGAGUGCCCCGAUGAAGACGCUGAAUGCGCCGAAGGCUUUGGAUUAUGAGCUUUUCACAGGUGCCACCUCCAGCUCAGAGGGACAGCUGCCCGCCAUGCCAUCCCAUUGUGGAGAGGAGUACCAGGGGGAGUACCAGGAGGAGCCCCUCCACCCGAGUCUUGCUUUCCCACUUCCCGGCACUUUUGGCUGCGGGACGUCCCCUUACGUGCCGAACGGCCCCUUUGACGUGGUGGAGGGCACCAAGUAUUACGGCCGAUGCCUGCAAUAUCCGGAGGGCGGCUAUGCGACGGUGGGCAACUCCAGCUGGGACUCUGGGGACACCUGGAACAAGAUGAUUCACAACUUAAACUUUUGUUCAAGCAAACCUUUCAUCGGCUAUGCGCCGAGCUCAGGGGGCUACCCUUGUGAGACCACCGAUCUUCAGGGCAUCUUUGACACCCCAAGUGAGGGCUGCCAGGGCGCGAUGCCAAAGAGCAGAAGUCCUUACUGCGGCUUUCGCACGGGCGGAGAUCAGCCAUGGGACGGAGACGGCUGUGACAAGAAGGCCACGUGGAGCUACGGCAGCAGCUUCCUUACUUCGGCGGCGUAUGACGCGUACCAAGAAGACGCACUGGUGGGCAGACACCCUGCCAGCCAAGCCCCCCCACCCUCGGCAAUAGCGAGACUAACUGAUCAGAGGCUGCCGCAAGGAAAGUACGGCAGCAUGGCAGCCGGGGGGGACGAGAGGACGUACUUCAUAAACGAGACCUUCAGAUGAUGACGUCAGGUGGCUGCAUCGCUGCGCUCGAGGGUCUGGGGGUCAUGCCAGGGUGGGCACAGGACAAGUGCGGCCUUGGGCCAUGGACCACUUCAGGAGCAGGAAAGGGGCGCGUGAGGCGAGGGGCUCGCUGGGGUCGGCCUGUGUCUCUCCACGUUUGUCACUUGUCACAAAGAUGCCACAAUAAAGCUUCUUUUUAUGUGUCA